AUGACUUCGGUGGUCCUGGAGACAAGUCUCGGAGAUAUUCAACUGGAGCUUUACUGGAAUCAUGCGCCUCGAACAUGCAAGAACUUUUCGGAGCUCGCAAGUCGUGGGUACUAUAAUGGUGUCGCCUUUCAUCGCAUCAUCGCAGACUUCAUGGUCCAAGGUGGUGACCCCACCGGCACUGGAAAAGGUGGUGCAAGUAUUUACGGCCAAAGAUUCGAGGAUGAGAUUAACCCAGACCUGAGAUUCACUGGAGCUGGAAUUCUGGCCAUGGCAAAUUCUGGGCCAAAUACGAAUGGCUCUCAAUUUUUCAUGACCCUUGCUCCGACACCUUUUCUUGAUAACAAGCAUACGAUCUUCGGUCGUGUAAGCUCUGGUAUGCGAGUACUCCAAAGACUUGGCGCGGUAGCAGUUGACGGUCAGGAUCGACCUCGGGAGGAUAUGAAAAUAUACAAAGCCCGAACUAUAUGA